AUUCGACCCGCUUGUGGAAACAACAGUUUUUGUUUUAAGGCGUUCUGCAGCGUAGGCUCAAAUCAACGACAUUUAUCAACCACAUGCUUCUUUUUUUCUCCGACACAUUAACACUUCAGCUUUCAAUAAUUGGCAGUUAAGAGAAAUAAAAAAACAUGCCAAACGUGAGGAAACCAUCAGUGGCUGCUGGGGGCAAGAAAGCAAAGCCCAGUGUUUCUGAGAACCAGGAAGAAGGUUCUCGGGUCAAGAGGGCCACUUCCCCAUCUCGUGGAGCUGCCAAGAAGAGGACGGCCUUCAUAGAUCUCACCAAUUCUACUAAGGUCCAGAUCAGCUUCCCUGGCAAGAAGAAGGAUUUGGCAAAGAAGCAGGUGAAGAAAACAAGCGCCUCCUGCGUGUCUGGAAAGAAAACAGUCAAGCAGAAUGGGACCUCUUCUGAGACCUCUGGAGAGAAACCAGUCAAAAAGGAAGAUGGAACUGAGACGGCGGAAGCAGCUGCAGCAGACAAGCUGGAAGCUGCCGUCUACGAGGUGCCAACACACCUCAGGAGACCCGAGGUUCCAGGAGAGUUUGACAUCGACUCAGAGUACUCAGAAGACUGCUCUAUGUGUCCUGACUAUGCGAUGGAGAUCUUUGACUACCUCAAACAACGAGAGGAGAAAUUUGUCCUGUCUGACUACAUGACCACGCAGCCCAGCCUCAAUGUGGAGAUGCGGGCCGUCCUGAUUGACUGGCUGGUGGAAGUGCAGGAAAACUUUGAGCUGUUCCACGAAACACUGUACCUGGCCGUGAAGCUGACCGACCACUACCUGGCCCGGGCCCCCAUCCACCGCAACAUGCUGCAGCUGGUUGGCACCACAGCCGUACUCCUUGCCUCCAAGUUUGAGGAGUACAGUGUGCCAUCCGUCGAAGAAUUCCUCUACGUCUGUGACGACGCGUACUCCAAGGAGGAGCUCCUCGCCAUGGAGGCCAACAUCCUGCGGACGCUCUCCUUUGACAUCAACAUCCCCAUCCCGUACCGCUUCCUACGUCGCUAUGCCAAAUGUGUGAACGCCGGCAUGGACACGCUGACUCUGGCUCGCUACUUCUGCGAGAGGAGCCUGUUGGAAAUGGAGCUGGUGGUGGUGAGGGGCUCACUGCUGGCGUCCAGCUGUCUGCUGCUGGCCAUGCUCACCAAGGAUCUGGGUGGAUGGUCUCCCAUCCUGCAAUUCCACACGGGGUACGUAUUGUCAGACGUGGCGCCCGUGGUCCGGAUGGUGUACGCGAUGAUGGUGCAGCUUCCAAACGACAAACUGAACGCCAUCCGCACCAAAUACUCCCACAAGGUGUUUUUCCAAGUGGCGUCCUUGCCGAUGGUUGACAUGGAGGUUCUGGAGAAGGCCUUAUCGCAUUAAAUGGCCUCCACCCUCCAUCCCAAAAUGUCCCACAGAUAGACUUGUAAAUAUGUUAAUGUUUGUUAUUUAUAAAUGUUGUCUAUUUUAAAAAUGUUGUAUUUGAUGUUGAAUUUGUGUGUUUUUAAUAUUUUAUGUUAGAGAAAACACAUUCAUGGUAAUCACCUGUCUCUAGCUUACAAAUUGUUACAUUUUACUGAAUUUUGUUUUAUGGCUUUUUGUGCAUUCGUAUCAUGCAUAAUC